GACGCCUGGGGCCGCGAGAAGCAACAACCAGUCCUCCUCUCCGUCUCCCUCUCAUUCCGUCAAGGCUUCGACACGGCCGCGAACCAGGAUGCCCUCGACGAAAGCACCAUGCACUACGGCCUGCUCUCCAAAAACCUGCGCUCCCUAAAACCUGUCCAAGAAUGGGAGACUUUGGAUAACUUGGCCCACCGCAUACAUCAAACCAUCCUCGAGACUCCGCCCGGUGCCGCUCUGAUCCAAUCCUGUCAGAUUGAGAUUAAGCUGCCCAAAGCGAGUUUGCUGGGUGAUUAUGUCAAUUAUGUUUAUUUUGUCGAGGAUGAGGAAGAUACUGGUAGAGUGUUGCAUCUAUCUCGUGUCUUUAUCCCUACCUUGAUCGGCGUCAACGACAACGAGAGAACUGCAAAGCAGAAGCUGUUCGUCAGUGUGUGGAUAGACAGGAUCCAGGCAGAUGACUCCGAGUCAUAUACUGAACUCGAGAGAAUUCUUACACAGGCUAUUGAACCCACAGAUUUUGAAACACUAGAGUCGUUGGCCAUCUAUGUGCUCAAGGUCCUGAAGAUGAACUACGCUCCUCUGCAAUCGCGAGAGACAAGUGUUCGUCUGAGACUGGAGAAGCCUCAAGCCGUCCCUCACGCCUCGGCUCCUAUCAUCGAGAUUGUGAGG